AUGGUCUGCUUGCGGAUGGCCCGGACCCUGUCCCAGUUGCUGACCCUGGUAUUCCUUCUCCUUCCCCAGGCACAUCCAGCCGGUGUCUUAGAGUUGCAGAUCCAUUCUUUCGGGCCGGGGCCGGGCCCAGGGCUCCCGCGGUCCUCCUGCAGUGCUCGAGGCCUCUGCCGCCUUUUCUUCAGGGUCUGUCUGAAGCCAGGGGUCUCCGAAGAGGCCGCAGAGUCCCCGUGCGCCCUAGGCGCAGCGCUGAGCGCGCGGGGACCGGUCUACACCGAGCAGCCCGGAGCGGCCGCAUCUGACCUGCCGCUGCCCGACCGCCUCCUGCGCGUGCCCUUCCAGGACGUGUGGCCGGGCGCCUUCUCCCUCACCAUCGAGACCUGGAGAGAGGAGCUGGGAGCGCAGGUGGGAGGAGAGCCAGCCUGGAGCCUGCUGGCGCGCGUGGCCGGUAGGCGGCGACUGGCAGCCGGAGGUCCGUGGGCCAGGGACGUGCAGCGCGCAGGCGCCUGGGAGCUGCACUUCUCUUAUCGCGCGCGCUGCGAGCCUCCCGCCGCCGGGGCCGCGUGUGCGCGCCUGUGUCGUUCUCGCAGCGCCCCCUCGCGGUGCGAUCCGGAACUGCGCCCCUGCGCUGCGUUCGAGGACCAGUGCGAGGACCCGCCUGUGUGCCUGGCAGGCUGCAGCCCGGAGCACGGCUUCUGUGAGCAGCCGGAUGAGUGCCGGUGCCUGGAGGGCUGGACCGGGCCCCUCUGCACGGUCCCUGUCUCAACCAGCAGCUGCCUUGGGCCCCGGGGCCCGUCCUCUGCCACCGCUGGAUGCCUCGUCCCUGGGCCUGGACCUUGUGAUGGGAACCCGUGUGCCAACGGGGGCAGUUGUAGUGAGACACCUAGCUCCUUCGAGUGUGCCUGUCCCCGCGGCUUCUACGGCUUGCGGUGUGAGGUCAGUGGGGUGACCUGUGCCGAUGGCCCUUGCUUCAAUGGCGGCUUGUGCGUUGGGGGCGCUGACCCAGACUCUGCCUACGUCUGCCACUGCCCACCUGGUUUCCAAGGUUCCAACUGUGAGAAGAGGGUGGACCGGUGCAGCCUGCAGCCCUGCCAGAAUGGCUUCGGCGGCCGCGACUGCCGGGAGCGGGCGGACCCCUGCGCCGGGCGCCCCUGCGCUCACGGCGGCCGCUGCUACGCCCACUUCUCGGGCCUCGUCUGCGCCUGCGCGCCCGGCUAUAUGGGCGUGCGCUGCGAGUUCCCGGUUCACCCCGACGGCGCGGGCGUGCUGCCCGCGCGCUGGCCUGGGCUCAGGCGGGCGGAUCCUCAGCGCUUGCUUCUGCUCCCUGCCUUGGGGCUGCUGGUGGCCGCGGGCUUGGCCGGCGCCGCGCUCUUGCUGGUCCACCUGCGCCGCCGCCGAGGCCCUAGCCCGGAUACUGGCUCCCGCUUGCUGGCAGGGACCCCGGAGCCUUCGCUCCACGCGCUCCCUGAUGCACUCAACAACUUGAGGACGCAGGAGGGUUGUGGCGAUGGCCCGAGCUCCACCGUAGAUUGGAGUCGCCCGGAAGAUGGAGACUCUCGAUCUAUUUACAUCAUAUCUGCUUCUUCAAUCUAUGCUCAGGAGGCCUGACCUGUCCCUUCUCUGUCAGUGCCUGGAGACAGACCUGGAUGUCUCUGUGGUUCAGUGGUGCCCGAUCUCUGCUCCAGACACUCCGCUGUGCUCGCUGAAGGAGUGGCAGGGAGAACUUCAUUGGUGGAAGUUGUACAUAAUGGUUUAUAUCCUGGUUUUUCUCUUCCUGUCUCACCAGAAAUAUCUUUGUAAAGGCUCUUAUUUUGACCAGAUACUUCAGGCUAAGUGCUUUGUAUUUUGGUAUUAGGACUGAGGGGAAGAGAUUUGUUCUGAGAAGGAUAAUAGGUGGGGUUCUUUAUAUUGCAGGUGUCAGAAACCAUUCAGAUUGGUUUAAGUAGAGUUUAGAGCCAAGUGUGGUGGCACACACCUGUAAUCCUAGCACUCUGGGGUCUGAGGCUGAGGUAGGAGAAUUCCCCAAGCACUUGUGGCCAUCCUGGAGACCUGAUGAAUUAGAUGCCAGCCAGGGGAGUACAUACACUACCAACCCUGUCUGGGGAAAAAGAAGAGUUUUGUAAAAAGACAGAAUUACAACAAAUUUAGUUUUGCAGGUCUUAAGUAGCUUUGUUAAAUAGGUGGAACCAGGAAGCAGUCAGUAUUAAAAGUGGUUCAGAAAGUUCCCUUCCGCCACACAGGCCUGUUGGAUUUACAGUCAGAGAAAAGGCAGUGAUAUACAGAAACGGGAUGUGGCAGAGAGCCAGCCAGUUGGUUAAAGCUGGUGUCUGUUUUAUUCCAACAGUUGGCCCCAUGUGAUUGGGUGAGACUCAGCCACUUGUUAUAAGUUUCUACCCAACCAGUUGGCUCGUAGUUCACUAUGUGGGGAGGACCCUUUAGGCCAAUUCAAAUUAACAGUGUAUAAAAAUAAAAAUGAAAAAGCAUA